UGGCAUCGGCGGCGGCCGUGGAGUGGGAGGCGGCGGCGCGGAAGGUGCUGGUGGCGCGCAAGCCCUGCUUCGGGCUACCUACGGCCUGCCCAACCUGCCUCCCCGUGCUCCUCUACCUCCGCAUGGCGCAGGUUCCCUUCGACAUCCACGUCGACACCUCCUUCCCCGAUGCCGAUCACAUACCAUAUGUUGAAUUUGGGGAUUGCGUGGCUUUCAACAACGAGAAAGGAGGCGUAAUUGAGUAUCUCAAGGAUGAGAAAAUUGCUGACUUGAACUCAAAUCACCCAAAUAUUUCAUCCACCACUGUGCUAGAUACAAAGGCCAUGGUUUCGUCCUGGCUUGCUAAUGCUUUGCUGUAUGAACUCUGGGUGGUUAGUGCUGGAAGCAUUGCAAAUGAUAUCUACUUCUCUGAUCUCCCUUGGCCCAUUGGAAAGAUACUCCAUUGGAAUAAAACUAGACAUGUGAAGCAGCUACUUGGUAUAACAAAGCUCAAUGCUGCAGAAAAAGAAGAGGAGAUAUACCUGAAGGCAAGUGCUGCUUAUGACUCAUUGUCUUUCAGAUUAGGGGAUCAAGUCUUUCUAUUUGAUAAUAGCCCUACAGAUGUUGAUGCUCUUUUCCUUGGACAUGCUCUUUUUGUCCUCAGUGCGUUGCCUGAUACAUCUGUGCUGAGGGGCACAUUGCAGAAGCAUGACAACUUGGUUAGCUUUGCUGAGCAUCACAAGGUCCAGUUGCUGGAAACCUCAUCAUCGUCAUCGUCAGGGUUAGGAUCAUCACCUAGCCCGUCAUCAUCCACCCCCAGGAGAAGACCAUCUGCUGACCACAGUUAUAAGCCAAAACCCAGAGCCAAGAAGGAACGGACGGAGGAGGAAAAGAAAUUCAGGCGAAGAGCAAAGUAUUUCCUGGCCACACAACUCGUUGCAGUUCUUGUGUUCCUUUCGCUGAUGGGUGGGGUUGAUAGUUCCGAGCUAGACGACGAAGAUGGCUUGGAUUAUGAUGAUUAGAUCCUCCCUGUGCUGUUACACUUGAUUAGUUCCAACGACAAACUGCCUGGUUGGUUCGGGGUGCUGUGAGAAUUUGUUCCAACAUUGGAAAAUGUGUUACGCUUGAUUUUAGCUAGGAAUUCACUGAGUUGGUCACCCAUCGGCAGUUUCAUAAGCUACUUCGGCUGUAAACAUACUUGUCUCCGAAGUUUUUUUUUUUUUGGGCUUCAGUGAACCAAACUUGUAAGCAAAUUCGAAUUUUGGAGUUUUGGUUUUGGAGACGCGCUGCUUCUGUAUGAUGAGAUCUGUUGGCCGC